UGUUCGUUGUUUUCAGUUUUGCAAUUGGCGCAAUUUAUCUGCUCUUACUACUGAUGUUUUGUGCUAAGUUUUAAAGGAGUUACAUUUCUCCUUCACUUACAUGAUACUGGAUUUUUUUCCCUCUCGUCUUCCAGAGAUAAAGCGUGGAACCGGAAUAUUUUUUUUUUAUACAUCCAACGGAUGUCCAUCCUCGGAGAACGACCUAAAUCUGUGUGAUAUGAUAACACAUAAUCUCUAAAUACAUUCGACAUCAACAUGAUCAAGUGGGGAGUUAUAUUACUGUGUGGGACAUUAUCAUGGAGGCUACAAACAGCAUCAUCUCAAACCCAUGAAGUGGUGUGUCUCGGUACUCAGAAUGGACUGAGCUCCACCGGGUCUCAGGAGAUUCAGUACAACCUGAUUAAAGAACGAUAUGAUGGCUGUGAGAUCAUCAUGGGAAACCUGGAGAUCACUCAGAUUGAGAGUAACUGGGACUUAUCCUUCCUCAAGACCAUCCGCGAGGUGACUGGCUACGUCCUCAUUGCAAUGAACCACUUUCAGGAGAUUCCUCUGGGACAACUACGGGUUAUCAGAGGAAACAGCCUUUAUGAGAGACUCUUUGCUCUCUCUGUCUUAUUAAACUAUCCCAAAGACGGCUCCAAUGGCCUGCGGCAGCUGGGGCUCACAAAUCUGACAGACAUUCUGGAGGGAGGAGUGCAGAUUAUCAACAACAAGUACCUGAGUUAUGGUCCCUGGAUCUUCUGGCAAGACAUCAUCAGGGACAACAGUGCUCCAAUUGACAUCCAGUACAAUGGAGAGAGAGGCCCAUGCCACAAAUCUUGUGGAAAAUACUGCUGGGGGCCAAAUAAGGACCAAUGUCAGAUCUUGACUAAGACGGUGUGCGCACCACAGUGUAAUGGCCGCUGUUUUGGCACGAGCCCCAGGGACUGCUGUCACAUAGAAUGUGCAGCGGGAUGUAAGGGCCCUCUGGACGUGGACUGUUUUGCAUGUCGUCAUUUCAACGACUCUGGAGCCUGUGUACCCCAGUGUCCCCAAACGUUGAUCUAUAACAAGCAGACGUUUCAAAUGGAGACCAACCCUAACGCCAAAUAUCAGUACGGAUCCAUCUGUGUCUCCAAAUGUCCCACCCAUUUUGUGGUGGAUGGUAGCUCCUGUGUGAGCGUUUGUCCUUCAGACAAGAUGGAGGUGGAGAGAGAAGGCCAGAGGCAGUGUGAGCUCUGCAGUGGACUCUGCCCCAAAGUGUGUGAAGGCACGGGUGCUGAACACAGAGAGACGGUUGACUCCAGCAACAUUGACAGCUUCAUCAACUGCACCAAGAUCCAGGGCAGCCUUCACUUCCUGGUCACAGGGAUUCUUGGAGAUGACUUCAAAAACAUCCCGCCACUGGAUGCCAAAAAGCUGGAAGUAUUCCGCACCGUCAGAGAAAUAACAGAUAUCCUUAACAUCCAAUCGUGGCCCAAAGAACUGAACGAUCUGUCUGUUUUUUCGAGUCUCACCACCAUUCAAGGAAGGUCGCUCUACAAGCGUUUUUCUUUGAUGGUGAUGCGCAUCCACACUCUUACCUCACUGGGUCUGCGCUCUCUCCGGGAGAUCAGUGACGGCAGUGUGUACAUCAGUCAGAAUGCCAACCUCUGUUACCACCACUCUGUAAAAUGGGCACAGCUGUUUAGGGACCGCAGAAUUCGAGUCAACAACCUCAACAACAACAGGCCGCUGGCAGAGUGUGUUGCAGAGGGCCAUGUGUGUGACCCGCUUUGUUCAGACUCAGGUUGCUGGGGCCCAGGGCCUGAGCAGUGUCUCUCUUGUAGGAACUACAGUCGAGACGGCACAUGUGUGGGCAGUUGUAAUUUCCACACUGGAACUCCACGGGAAUUUGCAGAACCAAAUGGCGAGUGUGUUGCCUGUCAUCCAGAGUGUAAGCCUCAAAGUGGGAAAGCCAGCUGUACCGGACUGGGUGCAGACAAGUGUGUUGCAUGUGCCAACCUUCGAGAUGGUCCUUACUGCAUGUCCUCUUGUCCCACUGGGGUGAACGAUGGACUGAGGGGACUGAUCUUUAAAUACCCCAACAGGGAAAGUCACUGUGAGCCAUGUCACCACAACUGCACACAGGGAUGCUCAGGCCCAGGAUUAAAUGAUUGUUUAGAGGCAGCCAGGCUGGCAGUCAGCAUUGGUCAGAUCACAAGCAUAGCUUUAGGUGUCCCGGCUGGCUUGAUUUUCUGCCUAGUGUUGUUUUUCUUGGGCGUGCUGUACCAACGAGGCCUGGCCAUCCGCCGCAAGAGAGCCAUGAGGAGGUACCUGGAGAGCGGAGAGAACUUUGAGCUACUUGGUCCCGGAGAGAAAGGAACCAAGGUUCAUGCACGCAUCCUUAGGCCCUCUGAGUUGAAAAAAAUCAAAGCCCUUGGCUUGGGAGUUUUUGGCACAGUUCACAAGGGGUGUUGGACUCCGGAAGGAGAGACAGUGAAGAUCCCUGUGGCCAUUAAGACCAUUCUGGAUACCUCAGGCCGACAAACCUUCACUGAGAUCACCGAUCAUAUGCUAUCCAUGGGCAGCCUGGACCAUCCUUACAUUGUUAGGCUGCUAGGCAUUUGCCCAGGUCCCAGUCUGCAACUGGUGACCCAGCUUAGUCCGCAGGGCUCCCUACUGGAGCACAUCAGGCAGCAUAAGAACAGCCUGGACCCCCAGCGCCUGCUCAACUGGUGUGUGCAGAUUGCUAAGGGUAUGUACUACCUGGAGGAGCACUGCAUGGUCCACAGGAACCUAGCUGCCCGCAACAUCCUGCUGAAGAACGACUACCAGGUCCAGAUCUCUGACUAUGGUGUAGCAGACCUCCUUUAUCCUGAUGACAAGAAAUAUGUCUACACUAACACCAAGACACCCAUAAAAUGGAUGGCACUGGAAAGCAUUUUGUUUCAAAGAUAUACGCAUCAAAGUGAUGUUUGGAGUUAUGGGGUGACAGUGUGGGAGAUGAUGUCAUUUGGGGCGGAGCCGUAUGCAUGCGUGCAGCCUCAGGAGGUGUCGAGUCUGCUGGAGAAGGGCGAACGACUGUCACAGCCCCACAUCUGUACUAUAGAUGUCUACAUGGUCAUGGUUAAAUGCUGGAUGAUUGAUGAAAAUAUAAGGCCAACCUUCAAAGAGCUGGCUAGCGACUUUACUCGCAUGGCGAGAGACCCACCCAGGUACCUUGUCAUCAAGUUGGAAGGGGAAGAAGCUGACCUAGUAGAGAUGCAUCGAAGAGAAUCAGAGCGAGGGCUUCUGGGGACAGAUUUUGAAGACCAGGAUGAGGAGGGACUAGAGGACGGUUUUACUACUCCUCCUCUCCAACACUCUCCAUCUUGGAGUUUGUCCCGUUCACGUAUUAAUUCAUACAGGAGUGGUACCUCACAGGCCGGACCCAUUGGAUACCUACCAAUGACCCCCAGCCCUGUCGACAGCAUCCGCCAGCUGUGGCUUCAGAGGUCUCGACUGAGCUCAGUGCGGACGCUGCCCGAGGGGUUAGAAUUCAGGGGAAGUGGCCGAGAUGCCCAGCUCCAUGAGGAAGGUUUACAGACUGGGAGUCUUCACAGGGCCAGGUUUGGCUCAGAGAGGGGAACUCCCCAUCUAUCCAUCCGCCAGCAUAGGAAACUCUCAACAGCAUCAAGUCCGUCCUCGUAUAAGGUGUGGACGGCAGAGGAAGAGGAGGAGGUGGACCACUAUGGCUAUGUCCUGGCUGGGUCACCUGUCACUCCAGAGAGAGCCUGUAGAGUCCCUCAUUCUGGGCGAAGACACUCAGGACAAAAGAAUAAUCUGUCGCUUUGCGUGAGAAAUGCCUUCCAGGAAUAUGAAAUCAUGAGCAAAGAAUCUGGUGUUCCUCUUUGCUCUACCAGCAGCGUCUUAUCAAAGGCCAAUUUUGUGGCAGUUUGUUGUACAACAUCACCUUUACCCUCACCAACCUUCAUGGCUCCGUUACCUGUAGAGGACACGGCACAUGUGGAUACUCUGACACCGAUCUCAGCUGUAAGGAGUAAAAAAGUAGGUGAAGCUUGUGAAGGAAGUACUGCAGAACAGAGAAACUCCACAGAGAAACAUCAGCUCAAUGGGGACUCUGAUAGUGGGAUCAAAGCUGCAGAUGACCAAGGACAGGCAGCCCUAGGAAGGUAUGAAUACAUGGAUAUCAGGAGAUCCGACUCUCUGGAGGCAGAGGAUGCAGCAUGGGGGAGACGUGGGAGUCAAACAUCUGCAAAGAGUUCGACAGAAGGAAAGGAAACAGACCAAAUAGAGGAGGUGUUGAAAAAAGAGCUUGAGGCAGAAGAGGAAGAAGAAGAGAAGUACCACAACACAAAUAAACAACCUGCACUUCAGGGGAAUUUGAGUAGUAUGCUCAUGCCUAAACCAGAUGUGCACACAUCUGGGGGAGAAAUGGUGGAGGAGUAUGAGGAGAUGACCAGAUUUGGAGUGGCGCCCAGUGGGUGGGAGCAGGCAGACUACCAGAACCUCCCAGUGAAGGGGGGGGCUGUUUCUGAGGAGAUGGGCAGUGACAGGUGUGCAGGGAUCGGGGGAUACAUCAAGGUGUGUGCUGGUAUGGGGGAGCAUGGCAGCAAAACAUCAUUUGACAACCCAGACUACUGGCACAGCAGACUGUUCCUCAAGCCAGAUGCUGUACGCACCUAAUAAUGCGGACUGGGACAGAGGCGUAGGAAUGAUUACAUUUGUUCCUGUCAUAAAAUUGGGUAGUUUUAUAAAGUUUUCAUCAAUCCAGCGUCCAACAAACUUUAAAAGAUAAAAGUGAUGAAAGAAAUACACCCUUAAGUCUUUUUACACUGUUUUAUGCAGUAGUCUAAAACAACUGUGAGUUGUUAGAACUAUCAAACAAAGGUUAAAGCAGACACUCUAAAGUGUAUUGUAAGCAUUUCUUAAAAACAGGCAUAACGGCUCCCUCACAACUAUUGACAUUACUUGGGUUUGUGACAAUAAAAUGAGUUGACCAUAUCCCAUUUCU